AUGCGGGUUAGCGAGCGAGCCUUGGAGGCGGGAGGGGGCUGCUGGCGCUGCACCUGUCCGCGCGGCGCGGACAGCGGACUCCUCCCGAAGACGGAAGAAGCCCGGAAGGGCCUCUUUGUGAUUGGAGAUGCCAGUGAAACCCUGGUACCCUCUAGUGGAAGUUUCCCGCAUUCACACAGCCUCUCUGGCUUCCACCCCGAAGAGCUGGAACUGGAGAGCAUCCCCAAAGAACGGCCAGCUCAACUCCACCCUCGCUCCCUCCCGAACGCGUACGUGCGCGUUCGCGCCUUUCACACUUGGCGGAGGGCGCGUGCCCUGGAAAAUUCCACGCCCGAGCUAGCUCCGCCCUAUGCGCCUUCUUUCCAGCCGCCGGCUCUUCACUGUUUCCUUCCCAGCUGCCUUUGCGUGAGCAAAAUGGCAGCCCCCAUGCCGUGGAGUUUGUCUUGCUUAUCCAGGGCUGUAGGACGGUGGUCUCGGCAGCCAAUCCUGAUGACUCAGUCCACAGCAGUAGUUCCAGCGAGAACUAAAAAACGUUUCACACCCCCUAUUUAUCAACCCAAAUACAAAACAGAAAAAGAGUUUGUAGAAUAUGCCCGGAAAGCAGGACUGGUCAUUCCUCAAGAAAGUUUGGAACGUCCCAUACAUCUGGCCUGUACAGCUGGUAUCUUUGAUGCCUAUGUUCCUCCUGAGGGUGAUGCCCGAGUGUCAUCUCUUUCUAAGGAAGGACUAGCACAGAGGACUGAGCGAUUGAAGAAGAAUGUGGCAUCACAAUUGUCGAUCCGGAGGAUAAAAGAAAGUGAUCCUAGUUUUAAAGUAAAGGACUUCCCUGAAAAAGCCCAGGAUAUCUUCAUUGAAGCUCACCUGUGUCUAAACAACUCAGACCAUGACCGACUUCAUACCUUGGUAACCGAAAACUGUUUUCCGGACAUGGUCUGGGACAUCAAAUAUAAGACUGUCCACUGGAGCUUCGUAGAAUCUUUAGAGCCACCCCAGGUGGUGCAGGUUCGCUGUUCGAGUCUGGUGACCCAGAGCAACGUGUAUGGCCAGGUCACCAUCCGCAUGCACACCCGGCAGACUCUGGCCAUCUAUGACCGGUUUGGCCGGUUGAUGUAUGGACAGGAAGAUGUGCCCAGGGAUGUCCUGGAGUAUGUUGUCUUUGAAAAGCAUCUGGCAAAUCCCUAUGGCAGCUGGAGAAUGCAUGGCAAGAUCAUUCCCCCAUGGGCACCCCCUAAGCAGCCCAUCCUUAAGACGGUGAUGAUCCCUGGCCCCCAGCUGAAACCUGGGGAAGAGUAUGAAGAGCUGCAAAGAGAGGCCCAUAAGCCUCAGCUAGCGUGA